CUGCUAUCAUCCUAAAAGAAAUGCAUUUGGUAAGUGUGUUUUAUGAAUUUUCCUUUUGAAGAACUGCAUUUAAGGGAAAGGUCUUGGUGAUGUCAGAAACUCCCAUCCACCUCCAUUAACAUCAAGUCCUUGCUAUUGACUGACCCAACACACGGGGUAAAUUUUGCCAAGAACUGGACCUUCGUCUCGCAAAUUGAAUCCCAAGUUGUUGCUAUGUACAAUUUCGACUGACCAAUUACACAGGGUUUGGGAAAUAGUUGUAAUGGAAUUGGAACUGUUCCUCCUACAGUUUUUUGUGCUUUUGUUUGCUUGUGCUGUGCUCCAGUUUGCGGUUUCUGAAACAAUAGCUAAUGACACGGUUCAUGCUCCACUGGUAGCUUCCAAGAAUGAAAUCAGUAAAGCUUGGUGCCGUUCUGGCUGGGACAUCUCUCCAGAUAAGAAAAAGUGCUUGAAAUAUUUAGAAAAUUCCUGGUCAUGGUUUGAGUCGGAGGCCUUUUGUGAGAGCUAUAGUGGACAUUUGGCAGCAGUGACAUCAUCUCAAGAACUAAUUUUCACUAAACAGCUGUGCGGCCAAAGUGCUAACGGAUGCUGGGUUGGAGGAAGAGGCAUCAACUCCUCUGUUGGUUUUGAUUGGAAGUGGUCUGAUAAUUCAUCAUACUGGAAUAAGUCACUAUUUGCUGGAACUUCUUCUAAUUCAAACUGCAGUAGUUUGUCAUGCCGCAACAAUACUGGAGCUGAUUUCUGUACAUUGUUGAAUAAUAGAACCACAUAUCUCAUGGAAGAGAGAUGCAACAAGUCUCAUGCUUUUAUUUGCAUGAUUGAUGUCGAAAACAAAUGCUACCACAUGCACUGUCAUAGAGAAUACCUUAUUAUCCUUGCUGUUGUAAGUGGGUUGAUUCUCUGUACAACAUUAGCUGUGGUGAUUUGGCUUCUUGCUUACAGACGAAGCAGGAAGCGCAGGAAGUCCCGCAAAUUAUCUAAUCCAGCAGCUUCUGCAUUAGUUCCACUAUCAUGGAAAGUCUUCACUAAUGAGGAACUGAGGUCAAUUACAAAGAAUUUUAGUGAAGGAAAUCGGCUUCUCGGUGAUGCAAAAACAGGUGGCACAUAUAGUGGCCUUCUCCCAGAUGGAUCAAGAGUUGCAGUUAAGAGAUUGAAGAGAUCCAGUUUCCAAAGGAAGAAGGAAUUCUAUUCUGAGAUUGGAAAAGUUGCAAGGCUUCAUCAUCCAAAUCUGGUGGCUAUUAAAGGAUGUUGCUAUGAUCAUGGUGACCGCUACAUUGUUUAUGAGUUUAUAGUUAAUGGGCCCUUAGAUCGAUGGUUACAUCACAUACCGAGGGGUGGGAGGAGCUUGGAUUGGGCUAUGAGAAUGAAAAUAGCCACUACCCUUGCUCAAGGGAUUGCGUUCUUGCAUGACAAGGUUAAGCCGCAAGUUGUGCAUCGGGAUAUUCGUGCCAGUAAUGUCUUACUUGAUGAAGAGUUUGGUGCACACUUGAUAGGAGUUGGUCUUUCCAAGUUUGUCCCUUGGGAAGUGAUGCAGGAGAGAACGGUGAUGGCAGGUGGUACAUAUGGGUACCUCGCACCAGAGUUUGUUUACAGAAAUGAACUUACAACUAAAAGUGAUGUUUACAGUUUUGGAGUUCUGCUGUUAGAAAUAGUCACUGGACGUAGACCCGCACAAGCAGUUGAUUCGGUAGGGUGGCAAAGUAUAUUUGAGUGGGCCACACCUUUGGUCCAGGCAAACCGCUACCCUGAACUUUUAGAUCCUCUCAUAUCUUCAUCUUCUUCAGAAAUUCCAGAAGCUGGCGUCAUUCAGAAGGUGGUGGAUCUCGUAUAUUCUUGCACACAGCAUGUCCCAUCUAUGCGCCCACGAAUGUCUCACGUCGUUCAUCAGCUACAGCAAUUGGCCUAGUCAUCCAUUUUGAGAUAAGGGCAAACCAGCUGGAGCCCUGGGGAUUUUCUAACCAUAAGAUAACUGCAGCAGCAUUUUUUAUCCCGGCAGUUGAUAUUUCGAGAAAUUGCUGAAUGAUAAGCAAGAGUUGACUAACAAAGUAGGUUCUAGUGGAAGACUAAAACAGGCGUAUGCUGUCUUAUUGUUGUUGUAGGAUUUUCCAUUUCCUUUAAAUUAAAAAUGCAUUGCCUUGUAGAUUACGCAGAUUAAUUUGGGACUGCAAUUUGUAAGAAAAGGUCAUGCAGGCAAAAGAUACCCGGAAGUUUUUUGUUUUUGAGUCCUGGAUCCAAUUUACAGUUAUUAAGCCCCUGUCCUUUCACGGUAAAGAGGGUUAGAGGUUUUGAUCUUUA